AAGUAGGUAAUGUGCCGCAUAUUUUAACAUGAAAAGUAUUUUAACACCACAUUUUUAUGCAGUAAGUGAGAUCUCUACACUGCGCAGUUCCUUACAAUAAUUUCUACGUUUUUAUAUUUUUCGACGAUUCAAAAUGAGUUCUUAUUUUGGACUCUUACAAUACGGCUUACUUUUGGUUUUCAUUGUUUAUGUUUAUAAAAUUUAUUCAAAAGCGUUGACGAAGAAACGAAGAGCUGCUCUUAGAAAAAAGGUAGUGGUGAUUACUGGCGCAAGUUCUGGCAUAGGCGAGGCGCUGGCGCACGAGUUCUAUGAACAAGGGUGUAAAGUGGUCUUGGCGGCUCGAAGGGUGCAUGAACUGAAUAGAGUCAAAGAGGAACUCAAGUCUAAGAAAUUGCCAUCAGAAUGCCCAGAACCAGUGGUCCUUCAACUAGAUCUUGGUAACUUGGAGGAAUGCGAACAGUUCGUCAAAAAAGUGCACGAGAUUUGUGGCCAGGUGGACAUUUUGGUUAACAACGGCGGCCUGGCCCACUCCGGGUCAAACCUCAAAACUAAGUUUGAGAUUCACAAGCAUGUUAUGUAUGUAAAUUACUUUGGCACUGUCGUCUUAACAAAUGGAUUUCUGCCAAAAAUGAGAGAAAGGAAAUCGGGGCAAGUGGUAAUAGUUAGUUCAGUGCUCGGGCGCAUGGCGGUGCCCUACCGCGCGCCGUACUGUGCGUCCAAGCAUGCUCUUAUUGCGUACGGCGACGCCUUGAGGGCUGAAGUCCAUAAGUUCAAUAUCCAGGUGUCUGUCAUCAUUCCCGGAUACGUACAGACUGAAAUAUCAGCUAGAGCCAUACAGGGUGCCACUGGGAAGGAAAUAGGAAUUCUAGAAGACGGCGUGGAGAACGGCUACACGGCGGCGUACGCGGCGAGCAAGUUCGUGGACAUGAUCGCCGACCGCGUGGAGGAGGGCGUGCUCUGCCAGCCCCUCCUGAGCUGCGCCAUGCUGCUCAGGCGGCUGCUGCCUUCGCUGUACUUCUAUUUGAUGACCAAGAGGACUAUUUAGAAUAUCAUUUUAAGGAAGUUAAAGGAGGCGGGUGUAAAAACGCUUGACAGAAAAGAGCAGUUUAGUUGUCCCAAGACCAUAAAUUUAAUUUCGCUUUAAGACCAUUUCCCGUUUGGUUUAUAAUAUAAUGCUAUGAACUCAAUCAUAAAAAAUAAAACAAUGCUUUUUAAAUAUGUAAUAUUUUAUUCAUAAUUAUAAUUACCUAUUUUCACAGUUAUUUAUAAAGUUAUAUUAAUAUCAAGUAUUACUCUAAUUUUGUUUUACGACGUCUAAUGAUUGCUCAGCUUAGAAAAUUUGAUUUCCACACCAAUCAUCAGAUUUUACGGCUUACGGCUAAUAUUUCACAAAAUGGUGAGGUCUAUGUACAGUACGUUCCCAAUUCCCUAAAAAAUUGACAAUUCACAAUAACAAAAAGAGUCAAAAACGAAAUCCUAAAAAUAAUUCAUUCAACUAUAAUACGAAUCUCGCUUAACAACUGUACAAAUAUUUUACGAGUGGUUUCUUUAAAACGUGCUCCGGCAGGUCAGGCGACGCGGGCACUACUACGCUACCUCCGCUAUGUACAAUGUAGUUUACAAAACAAAAUAUAAACUAUAUACAACAUCGUUAAAUAUUCUCAAAUGUUGUAACACAUUUAAAACAUUUCAUAUUUAACUAGGCAUAAUUCAUAAAGCGGCAACAGGCCCGCGCGGGGCAACACGCAACAAAUUGCCGAAGGCCGCGCGCUCUCAAAUUAUAUACAUAAACAACAAAAUUAUAACAAAUUUCGAUUUCACAUCAUUUGUUCAAUAAGUCGGAUUCGUCUGAUACAACUCAGUCGGUGUUAAAUGGAUAUAAAUUAAAAAAAAAUCACAUCGAAAAUAAAGUGACCAUAACAGGGUCGGCGGCGCGCGCCCACCUAUCUACAGUAUCAUCUCACAGCUCGCCCGCUAACGCUUACUAUUUAAAUAUAUUAAAAUAGAAAAUUUCACAUAUCUACUUGAAAUGUCGGAGAUUCAAUGAACCGACAAGUGUUGCUCGGCGGCCCCUUCAUAUUGUUUUAUAAAACGACAAUGUCUAAUUAUACAAAUGCUACUUUAGAACAUGAUCUAGGUCUCUCUUUAAAUACUAUUUAACUAACCGUAAACUAUUGGUGUUACUAAUUAAUUUCCAAUCGGAGGUUUUUCUUUUUCAUCAUAAGAAGACAUUAUUUCUAGCAACUCUGUAUAUUAUAUUACUUUAGAAUGUAGUCACCGCGCCGCGAGUGAAUCUGAAAUAUCUAUUACAUUAUUCUAUUCAAAUAUGUCUUACAAAAUGUUACGAAAACUAAAAUAUUUUCGUUUUAAAUACCAUAAGGCUGUCUAUAAGAACAAUUUUGAGAACUGAGCAACGAUUUAUUUUAUUACGUUUUUGUAACAUUCUGUAAUCUUACUAUGCGCAAGCGCAGUCACGGCGGCGCGGCCAGUAACGGUUGAGCUUAUUGUUCCCUCGUAUAAAACUGUACAUGAGUAAAAACUACCCAAGUUGUAAUACAAUGGUCAAUUCGCCUAAUAUAAUUUCGUCUAAAUAGUACUACUUAAUCGCGCUCACAUAA